AUGACUUCUACUGGUACCGGCUGGGCGCAGCUUCGCCAGCAAGCACGUUCCCUCGAGACCCAGGACAAAAAGCUGAUUAGGAGCCGUACAAAGACCGAAAACCUCUUCCAUAACUAUGCCCAAUUUGCAUCUCUUACAAAGCCUCCACCAGAACCAACAGAGGAGGAGCUUCGGAUUGAAUCCCAGCUGAAAGAUCUCCUUGAACGACGUGAUGCCCUUAUUGGUCAACUAUCUCGUCUCCUCGACUCCGAAGCCACCCUCACAUCCUCCGCUCUGAAACAAAGCAAUCUCUCCCGCCACCGCGAAGUCCUUCAAGAUCACCGCCGCGAGCUCCAACGGUUGAACUCCGCCAUUGCUGAGGCACGAGACCGCGCCAAUCUUCUCUCCAAUGUGCGCUCCGACAUUGAUGCAUACCGCGCAUCAAACCCCAGUGCCGCUGAGGCGGAAUAUAUGCUGGAGGAGCGCGGUCGAGUCGAGAACAGCCACAAUAUGAUGGAUGGUGUGCUGAGCCAGGCAUAUGCAAUCAAUGAGAACUUUGGCGUGCAACGUGAAACUCUCGCCAGUAUAAAUCGACGCAUUGUCGGUGCUGCCAGUCAGGUUCCCGGUAUGAACUAUCUCAUGAGUAAAAUCGGGACCAAGAAACGGAGGGAUGGUAUCAUCCUCGGAUGUUUCAUUGGGUUCUGUUUCCUGAUGCUGCUGUACUUCCGGUAA